AUGUCAUCUCGUUUUGUUCUGGCCAAUCUAUUCCACUAUGAAGACCGACAAUUAUCACUUAGUUUCGAACAUGUUACAACCAGCACUAGUUGGCAAGACCAUGGCCCCGGCUCGACCAUUGGUUUCUAUAAUCUCUGCAAUGGACGUAUCGAGGCUGACAGGAGCUCCCCUACGUAUUUGAAGCACUGCAAAGCCAUGGAGAAAGCUCGCAUCGCCUCAAUGAUAUUGACACAGCUACUCAAUGGGAACACGACCGUUGGCGGCAACAUGGAGGACGAACCACGACAGGGAGACAAAGGGUUGCCUUCAGCAUCAAUGGGAAAUACGCUCGUGGUUGCAGAUGAGGCUUUUGUUAACUGCGGCGCAAUACACACGCACUCCAGGAAUCUGUUCUUCUCCACCAAUUUUACAUUUCCCAUCAUCACCAGCAACGAAACUAAGCACCACCUUGCCUCUGUUCAGCACUUGCACGUAUCUUCCCCGACCUUGAAACUCGAUAGAGUUUGUAUUUUCAACGACCAUCUUGUAAAGACAAGUCUCCCGCAUGCUGGAAGCAGCAAGGUGAAUGCCAGCCACCUUUCCCUUGCACCAGCUACUAUAAAUGAACUAGAGUAUAUUGCUCGUUGGUCGUCUACAAUUGCAGACAUGGCCGUGAUGUUCAUCUCACGAAGGGGAAAGGAGCGGUCGGGCCCAACCAUCAGCAUUGGGUUAGAUAUCCCCAGUUGGCACUAUCACCCUUCUGUGGUACAAGCAUAUGAACGAGGCCAUUGUAAUGCAACCGAAGCACUACGAUCGAUGGAUGCUGUUAACCGGCGCCAUGACCAGAUCUCCUAUGUCUUCACCAGUGCCAUCCAGCACGAGCUCCGAAAACGAGGUGCCAAUUCAGGCGACUAUGAUAUACACAGCUCGGACAAGACCAAUCCAGUAGCGGCCGCAAUCCGCCAAGGUCUGCAGAUAGGCAAACUCCCAUCGUUGGAGGACUUUGUGCAAGGUCUCAGUCUUCAGAACAACCAUCCGUGGGGAGAUUUCUGUACGUUGAUUCCGGAGAGGGAGCAGCCACAGGAUCUGGACGGGUUGGUCUACUUGUUCUACGUCUUCGAAGCCGUUAAAUCCGCACUUACGAAAGCCAUUGCCAAACACCAUUCAACGUUCUCACAAGGAAGACCGGAAGCUGCUGCUCCGUCUACUCCUAAAGGUUCCAGGAUAGGAACCAAGCCGAGUCGCUUGAUCUUGAGCGUUGAUGACCCUGCUGAGCGUCGCAUCUACACCAGGGCACAGCAAGUCUUGAGGAAACUGCGAUCAUCUCGGAAAGAUCUUCCAAGUCCAGUGCUUGUGGAGACUUACAUGUGUCGUAGAGUCUUUGUAAAUGGUAACAAAACUCGCGCUCGCUUGUACCGACAGGAUACCACCCCACAACCAAUUGCACUUCUCACUUCCCCCAAAAUCAGCAAUGACGCCGAUAACGCUCGGAUGGUAGGACCAUUGGAUGUAGUGCGUGAACUAUACGGAUAUGAAUGUGCAUACAACCUGCAGAUGUGGCUGAUGGAUGUUGGCCUGCCCUCACAUUGA